AUGCACUGGGAAGUGUUGCGGGUCUUUGCCUACGGCUUGCUGACGUGCCUGACAACGGGACUGGGGGCUGCGCCAUUUCUCAUUGUGCGCCCCGCCCAAAUUGGCAGUGGCUUGGCUGUGGCCAAUGCUGUGGCGGCCGGCAUGAUGCUUGCAGCAUCUGCCGGAAUGCUCUUUGAGGCACACGAGCAUUGCGGUUAUCUGGACUGGCAAAUCUUCGCUGGGCUGCUGGCCGGCGGGUUGUUCAUCCGGGCCAGUGAAGGCCUGCACGGUGACGAGGAGGAAGAGGAGUCAGAGAUUGCGGCGCUGCACGACGCGCUGAUUGAGAGGAAGCAGUGGCGGAAGGCAAUGCUCAUCUUUACAGUGAUGUUCUGCCAUUCCGCGGCGGAAGGCAUCGCAGUCGGCGUGGCUUUCAGCAGGCGACUGAACCAGGAGUUUGGGGUCUACAUCUCCUUGCUCCUUGCGGUGCACAACGUCCCAGAGGGUCUGGCGGUGGCGCUGGUCCUGGUCCCGCGCGGGGUCUCCGCCACCCUAACGGCCCUGAUUGCCAUCUUGACAAGCGUUCCGCAGCCCCCGCUGGCGCUAGCGGCGUUCCUCUUCGUGGAAGUUUUUGAAUGGCUCUUGCCACUGGGCCUGGCCUUCGCUGCAGGUGCCAUGGUCUAUGUUUGCCUUCACGAGCUUUUGGUGGAGUCGGUGGAGCAGUUGGGCCUCUUCGCUGUCCUUUAUCACGAUGGUUGCCAAGAGGGCGAAGUUAACGUCUGGCCGAGCAGAUGCCCUCGUCAUGAGGAAGACGAGGCCGAGACCGAGACCUGUGCCAGGAGCCUGCGCAGGCGUGGCUCUGACAGUACGGCUGGCAGCUGGGAUGACUCCCCUACUGGGACGGCUCACAGCGACGGCAUCGAGACAGGACCUGGACUCAGCGCUUUGAGCCAGGUCUCAGCCUCCGACGAAGGAGACGAGGAAGAGGUGCCAAUUGAUGUUCAUGCCCUUUCGGGCGCUCAUCUGGGGCACGUCAGCAUGCUUCCCCGGGCCUCGCUUGGAGCAUUGAAAGAGCGCAUCUGCGACCUCACAGGCAAGUCGGGCAAGUCCCUGGAGCUUGCGCUCGGGUUGUCGAUCCUGAAGGAUUCUGACGACAUGACCAUCGCCAGCAGUGGGAUCCUGGAGACCCUGCAUGUCCAGGCGAUUACCAUCUCUUUGCACAGGUUUGUCUACUCCGAUGACGGGCGAAGUGCGGGAAUUUACCUGCUGGAUGACGGAACCGCUGAAAUCUUCACGCUAAGCAGACGAGUGCUGAAUGCGCGUGAAGAUGAAGAGCAGACACAAACUAUGCACUGGGGCACCUGGUCGUCAGGACCCUCGGAAUCCAUCUGCAUAGACGUCACUCAAAUGGAGAGGAAGGUGUACAGCGAUAUCAUGUCCUGCGGCUGGACCCACCAGUCAGGCAGGAUUCAGGCAGAUUUCAAAAUGCG